AGAUUUUUUGAUUGAUAAUUUUCUGGAUAAUUUGAACUACAUUUCAUUGAACGAAAAUUGAAAUCAGGUUAUUAAAAAUGAAUUAAUUUCUAAAAAUGUAAUCAUCAUGAUUAAAUUGGUUAUCGAAAUGUGAACUUUAUCUGAUCAAGAAAUCAUCUAAAAAUGAAUAUACUCGUCAUAUUCGCUUUGAAGAUCAUCUUAUGCGUUACCAUAAUCCAAGGCCAGUCUUACGAGGAUGCUCGAUGUAAAUGCAUUUGUACCGUGAUCAAUGGAACUCAGAUUUACAAAGAGUUGCAUAUUCGUAACGUCCCUCCCAACAAUGAUUGCGAUUCGGUUGUUAUACCUCCGACGGAAGGUAAAGCUCAAAAUAAAACAGUAGAAACUUGUCCCAGAUGUCAAUGUAAAUACGAAGCUAGAAACACUACUACAAUCAAAGUCGUUGUUAUAAUCGUCGUUUGGGUGAUAUCGUUGCUGUUAGUUUAUAUGAUGUUCUUAAUCUGUCUGGACCCGUUAUUGAACAAUCGGCUGCGUAGAAGUAAUUACGUGGAGCACACAAACGAGGAGGUAUGCUCUUUAAUGGAAGACUAUUACCAUGCUGAACGCCUUGACGAAGUUCCUGAUCAAAGAACUGAAACUUUCGGCGGACCGCAACAAAUGACUAUCAGCGGUGGAGCUGGAGUCUCAGCAGAAGGUGGAUCCAAUACUAAUGUUCUGCAUAGAGUCAGCGCCCAGCAAGAUAAAUGGAAGAAGCAGGUUCGCGAGCAAAGGAAUCACAUCUAUAAUCAGCACACCAUGCUGAAUUAGAUUCUCCAGCAUCCUCGCCUCUUUCAUUUCAUUCCUCUCUAUGAUUUACUUUCAUUUCAUAUUACGAAAUUAUUUAAAACGGAUAGAUAAAAAUUACCAUGUGUUAGAUUCUAAGAUUAUUGGCGUGUAUUAUUAUUUUGCGAACGUCUUGUGAUUUAUUUUGUAUUAUAAUUAUGUUGAUAUUGUAUUUAUUUGUUGUAUGUAGUGUUUUUUUUUUUAAAUCGUGUAAUAUAUUACAAUUAAAGUAUUAUUUUCAUUUAAA